AUGGAACGAACAAAUUCAAAUAUAUUGUAAAGAGAAAAUUCAGAAUUCGAAUUACAUUUUAGUUAAGAAGAAGACAAUGAUAAUAAUAAAACAGACCUAGAAUUAAAAUAAAAAAAAAGCUAAAAAAACGAUAAUGAAAAUAAAUAUAAUUUAGAAAAAGAUGAAGAAAAUAUUUCAGAAAUACUUACAGAUAAUGAUGAAGAAUAUUCAGAUUAAAUAUAUAUAAAUAAUCAAGCUCAAACAUAUUAUGAAAAGUAAGAAGUAAUAUCUAUGUUAACCCGUUAGAAUUUAGAAACUGCUGAUUUACGUUAUUUUCAUAAUUGGAUAAAAAGCAUAAUAAUAUCAAAAUAUUCGAAACAAUCUCAACUUAUUAUCCAAAAAGAAGAAGAUUUAACUAAUUGCUCAAAUCAGCUUUAUGUUUUAGAAAUUGGCUGUGGAAAAGGAGGCGAUUUAAAAAAAUGGUUACAUGCAGAUAUCGCAUUUUAUAUUGGUGUAGAUAUAUCGUUAAAUUCAUUAAAGGAAGCUCAUCGAAGAGCCACACAAAUAAUGGAAUAAUUACCUAAAAAAUUAAUGUAAAAAAAAUUCAAGUUUGGCUUUUAUUAAAAAGAUGGAACUGUCCCCAAAGAAGAAUUUUGGAAAUACAUCAUAUCUGAAAAAUUCGCAAAUGAUUCUAAAAAAGGUUUUAACUUUGAUAUAGUGAGUUGCUAAAUGUGUAUGCAUUAUAUGUUUUCAAAUGAAUAAAAUGCAAAAAACUUUUUUGAUAAUGCAACUUCUAAAUUGAAUAAUAAUGGUUUUUUAUUACUUACUUUUUCAGAUAGUAACUCUAUUGUUAAAAAAAUGAGAAACCGCUCUUUUAAAAAUGAUGAAGGUGAAUAUAUUUUUUAAAAUAAGUAUUUCUCUAUGAAAUUCAAAAAUCUUGAUUUUCCUGAUAAAAAUGGAUUGUAUGGACUGAAAUAUGAUUUCUAUUUAUAAGAUGCUGUAGGUGAAAAAGAUUCAGAAGGUUAAAUUAAAUAUGUUUCUGAAUAUUUAGUCGAAAUUAAUAAUUUAAUUGAGCUUGCUUAUGAUUAUAAAUUAGAAGUUGUUGAAAAUGCAAAUUUUAUUGAUUUCUAUUAAUAAUAUAAAUAUGAAUAUAAAGAUCUUUUUUCAAAAAUGUAACUUAAUUUUAAUGAAGAACAUCCUUAAAUUGAUAAAGAUUUAUGGGAAGUUUCUCAUUGCUAUAGGGUUAUUGUAUUCAAAAAAGUUGAUUUGGUUAAAAAAAGAUUUAAAUUUCAUAGAGGUACUGCUUAUAAGUAAAUUCAUGAAAUACCUGUUCCAAUCAAUUAUUCUAAAAACCCUACUGGAAUUUAAAUUAAAUGA